UUAAGGGACUGUUCCACCCGCAAUCAGCUACUGUCCAUAGCUGAAUCAUUUUUUUCAUCAAGAUCAAGGUUGUGAGGAGCUUUUUGGCCAUGAAACAUCUCGUUCCCAGUCACCAGUGAUGGUGUUGUGGUUUUCAGGUUCUACAUCCUGACACGCACGAGCAUUCAACGUCACCCCGGAUUACCUCGGCAACCUAUCACUACUCCUCACGCCCAUCGUCGACAUAAGUCCAAUAUGGCCGCUUAAGUAAAGCCAGUUAGCGACAAGAAAAAAAACAGCUUGAUAAAAUAACCUGUUGCAGAAGUGUAACCUCAAAUUUGUACUCGUAACUGCCUUCACAUGCCACAAUGGUGCCACACAAUACCCCCGUUAUCAUUGGUGUAGGCGAUAUCAAGAAUCGCUCUACAGCCGUGUCCGAUGCCAAGGAACCCGCAAUAUUGAUGCUCGAAGCUAUACAGGCUGCCAUAUCCGACGCGAGUCCUAAUUCUGUCUCAGAUCUGCAGGCUGCAAUCGAUAGUAUCGAUGUAGUCAAAACAUGGACGUGGCCAUAUCCGGACUUACCAGGUCUAUUAGCAGCGAAGCUAGGCGUGCAAGCGGAUCUGAAAUGGAAACAAUAUUCCGAGCAUGGAGGCGAUAAGCCUGGAAAAGUUUUAGAUGAGGCGGCGAGGAGGAUUGCGAAAGGCGAGUGUGAGGUUGCUGUUGUGACGGGAGGAGAGGCGUUAGCUUCCUUAUCUGCAUGUGCAGCAGCCAAGAAACUGCCUCCGCCGGACUGGACGCCUCCUUCUUCAGCCGUAGAUUCAGUCUUCACGCCUACCGGUCGGGAUCUAGGAAACAAUCUUGGUGCGAUACAUAAGAUUGGUGCUCCGAUACACGUUUACCCUUUGUAUGAAAACGGGUUUCGUGCUCAUCGUGGCCAGUCGCUCCAGGCGAAUCACGAAGAGAGUGCGAGGCUGUAUGCCGAGUUUGCUCGUGUGGCAGAAAAUAACGAGGUAGCAUGGGGAUAUGGCCAGAAAACGAGCGAAGAGGAUAUUGCAAGAGUUGGGGGAAAGAACAGAAUGAUUUGUUACCCUUAUCCCCUGCUGAUGAAUGCCUUCAACACCGUUAACCUCGCCGCUGCUAUCAUCGUUACAUCCACCUCCCAUGCUACCCGUCUUGGAGUGCCCCCCUCAAAAUGGAUUUACCCCCUCGGUGGUGCGGGAACCCGCGACGCAGACGAGUUCUGGCAACGGCCCAAUUUCUACUCAUCACCAAGUAUCUCACGUUCCAUCGACGCCAGUCUGCGUGUUUCAGGUACAGCAAAAGAAGACAUUGAUCUCUUCGAUAUAUACUCUUGUUUUCCGAUUGUACCCAAGCUCGCAGCCCAGCAUCUCGGAUUGCCGCUUACGGGAGGCAAAAAGCCGCUGACUGUGCUGGGCGGGUUGACGUCGUUUGGUGGAGCGGGAAACAAUUAUUCGAUGCAUGCAUUUACGGAAAUCACGAGGCAGCUGAGAGACGGAAAGGGUCAAAGGGCAUUGGUACUGUGUAAUGGAGGUGUGGUGAGCUAUCAGUACGUUGUCAUCCUUGGGAAAAAUCCUCGGGAAGAUGGCCAGUAUCCAACGGAAAGCCCGCUGCCGGACACGAUCACCGAUGUUCCCGCUCCUGAGAUUGCGUUGGAUGCCCAAGGGGAGGCAGUUGUAGAAACAUACACUGUCGAGUUUGGUCGUGACGGGAGUCCACUGAGGGGUUAUGUCGUGGGGAGGUUGAGAGGCAAUAACAAGCGUUUCUUGGCGAACCAUGGCGACGAGAGUACGCUGAGACAUAUGGCCAGUGGUGUCGGAGAGAUUGUAGGCAAGAGUGGGUGGGUGUGGCAAGAUACUGCGAAGAAAGGACGGUCACUGUUUGCAUUCGAAAAACCUGCAAAGCUGUAAAGUGGUCUAAGAUUCAUGCAUGUACCCGAAACUUGAGACCAAGGUGUUUUUUCCAUAGAGAAUAGGGUAGUAGGAGUAAGUUAAUAAUCAUUUUCAAGUUCUACAG